AUGCCGGCCGUUCCCGGGUGUUUCUACUUCCGACGCACGAGCCUUCUUGAGUAUUGGGGGACCUGUGCAUUACCCUGGUUCUUGCUUGAUUUCAUACAUACUUUAGAGUUUCCUCCCCAUCAUUGCAUUUUCCAAGGUGCGGCGGUGCGCACUUGGAAUUCUAAAGUUUACCCAGCCUUUUGUUUUGAUUUCCCUCAUCCACUCAUUCCCGUCCCCCCUCCUUGGCCACAGUGGAGUCCCCUCGACGCCUCUUUGAUCUCUUUCUUUCAUUCGUUCAAGCUCCUCUUCUCUUUUCCAUCAUCCUCACGAAAGGCCUCAACAAGGUUCGAACUUGACGUCAAUUGA